GAAAGUUAAACAUGUGUCUUAACUUUUGAGUCGCUUUAAAAAUGACAGAAAAUGUGAAGAGUCAGUUGAUAAUCAUUCUUGACACAAAUCCAGUAUGGUGGGGUCAGAAACCAUCAUCUCAUUCCAAGGCUCAGCAGAAGAUGACAUUGACAGAGUGUUUGAAUUCUGUAAUGGUGUUUGCACAUUCACACAUAAUGAUGAACCAUUCCAACAAACUGGCCAUACUAGCAGCCCAUUCAGAUCAAAGUGUGUUUCUGUAUCCUAAAAAUGAAGCAUCGAAUCCUGGAAUGUCGGAGGAGAAUGGUACAACAGAAGGGAAUGAUGGGAAAUACGAAUUGUUUACUCAGGUUGACAAACAAAUAAAAGAGGGAAUACAAAGUCUUAUUGAUAACUGUAUGAAUGGACAGCUCUACCCAGACUCUCUGAUAGCUGGAGCCAUGACUAUGGCACUGUGUUAUAUCAACAAAACAGAGAAAAGUCAUGAGGAAUCAGGAAUUAUUUCAAGUCGAAUUCUGGUGAUAAAGGGAUCUGAGGACAACACAGAGCAGUAUAUGAAUUUGAUGAAUGCUGUGUUUACAGCCCAGAAACAGAAUGUGGUAAUUGAUGCUUGUAUUCUGGACAAUGAUUCCGGUCUGUUACAGCAGGCAUGUGAUAUAACGGGAGGCAUUUAUUUGAAGAUUCCUCAGAUGAAAGGACUACUGCAGUACCUACUGUGGGUAUUCCUCCCGGACCCCCUGGAAAGAUCUAAACUGACCUUGCCCCCAAAAGUCCAAGUGGACUACAGAGCUGCCUGUUUCUGCCAUAGAAAUCUCAUAGACAUUGGAUAUGUGUGCUCCGUCUGUCUUUCUAUAUUUUGUGCAUUCAGUCCAAUAUGCGGAACUUGUCAGUAAGUACUCACUUCCUUCUUUUUAAAUUAUUUAAAAAAACUGCUGUGUAAUAAAAAAAAAAUAUACUGAAUUUGUAUUU